CUAAUGGGAGGCAGAAGGAGAAAUGAUAGGUGAGGUAGGCAUAGGUCAUGAAAAGACUAGAAAAUGAAGACAAGGAGCUAAUGUUUGUUGUAACAGAAAAGGGAAAGCCACUGGAGGGAUGCAAAAGAGGGAUGAAGUGGUCAGAAUGAUGGGCUAGGAAAAUGAUCUUUUCAGCAGCGUUCAGAAUGGAGAUGAGCAAUGCAAAAGUGUAUUUAUCAAGGCAAGAGAGAAAGAUGUUGUGGUAAUCAAGACAUGAGAUGAUGAGAGACUGCAUGAGAAUUUUAGGUAUGUGCAUGGAUAGGAAGGCCGCAUCUAAGAGAUAUUAUGCAGAAACAAUCAGCAGGAUUUAGACUUAGCCUGGAUGUGAGGAUCUAGACAAAGCUGGAGUCUAAUGUGAUGCCCAGGUUUUGGACCUUAGUGACAGGUAGGAUGGUGAUAUUGUCCUCAGUGAUCAAGAAAGGAUGUAGCGGGAAGGGACUGGGGGUGAUUAAGAAUUCUGUCUGAGCCAUGCUGAUCUUGAGGUGAUAGCUAUAGAUGUCAGAGAGGCAGGCCAAGAUAUUAGUUUGGACAAAAGGAGACUUGUCUGGAGUAGCAAUAGAGAUCUGAGAGUUAUUACAGAUGGUACUUGAUUUGUGUUGGUAGAUAAGAUUACAUGGAAAUCCAGUGUAGAGGGUGAAGAGAAAGGGACUAAGGACAGACCUGUGUGGAACCCCCACAGAAAGUUGCAGUAGGGGGAUGAGGAGCAUCCUCCAGACGACAUCUGAAGGAGCAACUUGUGAGGCAGGAGGAAAACCAGGAGAGGACAGAAUCACAGAAGCUAAGGGAGGACAAGAUUUCAAGAAAGAAAGAGCAUGGUUGAUGGCCUUGUUGGUGAUUGAUGAAUCUAAGAAGAUGAGGAUGGAGUACUGGUUCUGAGCUGUCAGUAGGAAGAGAUUAUCCAGGCUUUGGUAGCAGCGGUUUCAGUGAAGUGCAAGGAGCAGAAGCUGGAUUGGAGAAAUUCUAGGCUGGAACUGGAGGAGACCUCAGACAACAAUUGUAGACAGCACAUUCAGUAAGCUUAUAUGUGAAAGGGAGCUGGGCCGUAGCUGGAGAGGCAAAUGGGGUCAUGGGUGGAUUUUUUUAAGGUAGGAAAGAAUAAAGUGUGUUUGCAUUAUGAGGGGAAGGAGCUGGAGGAGAGUGAAGAGAAGAGAAAGGGAGUGGAUGAGAGGGAUUUGAGGGAGAUCAGGAGAUGGGAUAGGGUCACUGGGGAAGGUGGAGGGUUUAGAGAAGAGCAGAUAAACUUCUGUGACAGGGGAGAAAGGGAAAGCAAGCUAAGGGGAGAGGAAAUGUUACACGGUAUUUUGUCAACUUUCUCUUGGAAUAAAUUGGCAAGAACCUGUGUAGAGACAGAAGUGGAGACAGGAGAAGGGAAGAGUUUGAGAAGUGAGUCAAAGGUAGCUGGGAUUGAAUUAAGGCAGCAGUGGGAUUCAGUUAAGUUGACACAGUGAUUUAGCUAGGAAGAUGGCGGAACUGAAGGAGAGGAGAAUGACUGUGCAGUGGAGGAAGUCAGCCUGGUCACAGGAUUUCCACCAGCAAUGCUUUGCAAUGUGAGGGCAGGAGUGGAGGGAAUGAGUUAGGGCUAUGGGCUGGCGGAAUGGACUUUGUGAUGAGCGAGAGGGGCAAAAGAGUCAAGGGUGGAGGAAAGUGAAGUAUGGGGAGAAACAACAACAAUAGCCAUUAAAUAAAUGGACGAGAAGGCUGAGAGCAGAUGGAGGCAUCGGCGCUGAUGAACUGGAAGACCCAGAAAGGCAGAGUGACAGUUAUGAAGACAGCCUUAUACUCCCGCUGGCAUGACUGGCCAGUGUACCAUGAAAGGACAUGCCAGUCUUCCUGGUGAGCUGAUUGCUCACUUUAAGCCCUAAUGGUCUAUCCCUUCUGGAGACUGGGCUGAAGCAUCCACUAGCUGACUUGCCUCCUAUUCCUGCUGUGAUUCCCUCCUUCUACUUGGCGCGCCAUGGGAGGAUGCUUCUCCAAACCAAAACCAGAACUGCACUGCUCCCAGGCUCAGCCCCGAAGGCACCGCUGUACACUUUCCAUCUGCCCCCCGGAUCCUCAUGUUGAAGUGAAAAUUGAGGUGGUGCUACCAGAGAAAGAGAGGGCCAAGGAAGAGAUGUCACCCAAUGGGAAAGCCAGUCCACUUGUUUACAAAGUCAAUGGGACUGCCCGGCAUUACCACCUUGAAGAACAUCCCAUCACCAUCAACCCCUACCAGAAUGUCAAGGAUGUAGUGGAAGCCUCUGUGUGUCAUGUGAAGGACCUUGAGAAUGGACAGAUGCGCGAAGUAGACCUGGGUUGUGGGAAGGCUCUGCUGAUAAAGGAAAAUGGAGACUACUAUGCAAUGGGACACAAAUGCCCUCACUACGGAGCCCCACUGGUGAAAGGGGUUUUAUCCAAAGGAAGAGUGCGCUGUCCCUGGCACGGGGCUUGUUUCAGCAUUGGCACUGGUGAUAUAGAGGACUUUCCUGGCUUGGACAGCUUACCCAAAUUCCAGGUGAAAAUCGAGAAGGAGAAAGUGUACAUCCGAGCGAGCAAACAGGCUCUUCUGACGCAAAGAAGGACAAAGGUUAUGGCAAAAUGUAUCUCCCUCAGCAACUACAAUAUCAGUAGCACCAACGUGCUGAUCAUCGGAGCAGGUGCUGGUGGAUUAGUUUGUGCAGAGACCUUAAGACAGGAAGGUUUCUCCGACAGGAUCGUCAUGUGCACAAUGGACAGACACUUACCCUAUGACCGACCCAAGCUAAGUAAGUCAAUGGAUUCCCACUUAGAUCAGAUCACCUUGCGCCCUAAGGAAUUCUUCCGUACAAAUGACAUUGAGGUCCUGACUGAAACACAGGUUGCGGCUGUGGACAUCAAGAACAAGAUAGCUGUGUUCAAGGAUGGAUUUAAGAUGGACUAUAACAAACUGCUGAUAGCAACUGGAAACACGCCCAAAGCCCUUAGCUGUAAAGGCAAAGAAGUUGAGAAUGUUUUCAACAUCCGAACCCCUGAAGAUGCCAACCGGGUAGUGAAAUUGGCCAGCAGCAAGAAUGCAGUUAUAGUGGGAGCCUCUUUCCUUGGGAUGGAGGUGGCAGCCUACCUGACAGAGAAGGCCCAUUCCGUGUCUGUGGUUGAGCUGGAAGAAGUGCCUUUCAAGAAGUUCUUUGGGGAAAAGGUUGGCCAAGCUCUUAUGAAGAUGUUUGAAAACAACAAGGUGAAGUUCUACAUGCAAACUGAAGUGUCUGAGCUGCGGGAGCAGGAGGGCAAGCUUAAGGAAGUUGUCCUGAAGAAUGGGAAAGUCCUCCGUGCGGAUGUCUGUGUCAUCGGCAUAGGUGCAAGUCCAGCAACAGGAUUUCUGAAGCAAAGCGGCAUUAACAUUGAUUCCAAAGGCUUCAUUGUCGUUAACAAGAUGAUGCAGACCAACAUCCCAGGAGUUUUUGCAGCUGGUGAUGCUGUCACCUUUCCACUGGCCUUGCGUAACAACAAGAAGGUGAACAUCCCUCACUGGCAGAUGGCACAUGUGCAUGGCCGCAUAGCAGCUCUGAACAUGCUGGCCCAUGGCACGGAGAUCAGCACUGUCCCGUACCUGUGGACGGCUGUGUUUGGGAAGAGCAUACGAUAUGCAGGCCACGGGGAAGGAUUUGAUGAUGUCGUCUUUCAAGGCGAUUUAGAUGAACUGAAGUUCGUGGCAUUUUACACCAAGAAUGAGGAGGUGAUUGCUGUGGCUAGUAUGAACUAUGACCCGAUUGUGUCCAAAGUCGCUGAGGUCAUGGCUUCUGGGAGAGCAAUCAGAAAACGAGAUGUGGAGCUGUUCAUUCGCCAUGGCAAAACUGGAGACAUGUCUUGGUUAACUGGAAAAGGCUCUUAACAUGGAAGAAACUGAUUUCUGCUGAGGCUGCACUUGCCCCAGAGGAGAACGGGAUGACCAGGAGGCUCCGUUGCUAAAUGCAAAUCUAAUCACCUGCGUCAUUGCCUCCCUCACACUUUGAAGAAUCCAGCAUCUUUCACUGAACCAUUAUAUUCCCAACAACGCCCUCUGUACACACAGCUGGUGGUUCUGACACACCAGUGGCAACCUGCAUGCAUGGGCUCUGCAGAAUUUAAAAACUCUGUGGAAACACAAGGAGAACACAAGAUCCCCGAGGAAGCACUGACUUGCCCUGGUCUUCAGAGUCUGAAGCAAACAUAUGCUCUAGCACCGACAGCUGCAUCUCUCCACGAGCCCUGCUGGCUGCAGGGACAUGUGGUGAAUAGAACGGAACUUACUGGCACUUUCUUCUGGUAGGGAGGGACUGCCUGACUAAACAAGACAAACUAGUCAUCCUGGCUGCAUGGUAAAGUUGGCCCCCUCCCUGGGACAUGUCUGCUCCCCCUAUAAACAAUACCACAACCUUUCACUGCACCCCAUGCUCCCGACUUCACCCACAAUACGCACCCAACUAGCUUACCCCUCACACACAGGCCACUCACAUCCAAGCAUGCCCUCACCAACACCCUGCAUCACUCUCCAACCUGCACCAACCCCCCUGCUCUCCCCUAGAGACCCUAUGGUGCCGCCCUCACACAACCGCUUGCCCCCCCCGAAUUCCCCCAACCACAUUCACUUUCCACCCACAGUGUCAUCUGCACCCACACAGCUUCAACCACAUCCACGGGCUCCCAUUCAGAUCCUUACCUGCACAUAGCUUCACCUUUAUCCACACCCUCAGCUGUAAGCACAGGUACACAGCUCCCAGGGGCGAGCCUCCCAGCCCAGGUCGACAGACUCCAGCUUGCGGGGCUAGCACACUAAAAACAGCUCUGUAGACAGUGCUUUGCCGCUGCAGCUUGGACUGAAACUUGGGCUCCUCGACUUCCAGUCCAAGCACUGUCUACACAGCUAUUUUUGGAGCACUAGCCCAGCAAGUAUCCUUGGAAUGUAGAGUCUGACUCUUGUGUUAAUUGCAGUCAGUUGCUAGAUGUGGAAGUUAAACUCCCUGUUCUGUAAAGACCCGGGUCUCUCUUUUUCAGUUUGUAAACACAUGGGCUAGGUUCAGCCUUUCCCAGUUCCCCAGGGACCAGUUUUGACCUCACUUACACUGGAAUGAUGCUGGUGCAACUCCAUUGUUCCAAUGGAGUUACUCCUGAUUUACAUCAGUGUAAGUGAGACCAGAACAAGCUUUGUGAUCUCCAAAAGAUCUCAAGUAUAAUUGUCAGUGGUUGUGAUACCAUUUCAUCUUAUUCCUUUAGCAUCUCAGGGUGAAUGUUAUCACAUCAUCCUGUUUUGAAUACAGAUCUAGUCAUCUUGGUCUCUUUCACAGAAUCAUAGAAUAUCAGGGUUGGAAGGGACUUCAGCAGAUCAUCUAGUCCAACCCCCUGUUCAA